AUGGAUAGCAAAGUCGAACAACUUUUGAGCCUUGAGGCCGUUCGUGCGAGGGCCCAUACUGUAUUCCGAUUUGCACAGCAGGGAAAGUUGAACCAUUUCGACUACCAUCCCGAGAAAUUGGAUGAAGUUGCCGACUAUGUUAUGAACAUCAUCGAGCGCGACUUCGGCCCGGACCGCUAUCAUUUGAUUCCUCCCCACGGUCGCUGGCAGCAUUUUGAAGUCGGAGACGUUCCGCGUAUCGCGAAUCUCAGAUCAGAUUGGGAAAAGGCAGGACAUGACGCCAAAGAACAAGCUCGGAGCUUGGUGGAUCUCUUCUUCGUCUCAGUCCUCUUGGACGCGGGAGCUGGAGAUACCUGGCGAUAUACCGAGCCAGGCACUGGUGCUGUCUACACAAGAAGCGAGGGAAUCGCGGUUGCAUCUCUUUACAUGUAUCUGGGUGGCAUGUUUGCGAAUGCUGAUUCCUCACGCAAGGACAUGGUGCAUGGAGAGGCGCUGCGAAAGAUGAGUCUUGACACACUGUCAACUGGGUUUCAGGCCAGCGAAGGUAACCCUCUACUCGGCGUUUCUGCUCGAGGUGCAAUUUUGCAUAGACUUGGGGAAUCAUUGCUCAAUCUUCCGGAGAUUUUUGGACCCUCCGGCCGCCCUGGUCUGCUCGUCGAAAAGAGCAAGGGACCUUUGGAUUACUCGCUUCUUUGGACUACUCUCCAAAAGACACUUAUCCCGAUCUGGCCUUCGGAUAGAACUCGCAUUCGGGGACAGCCCAUCGGUGAUGCCUGGCCGCUGAAAGUGUUGAGCCAGAACUCAGAAGAUGGAUCUGAUCCUGAGACAGCUUCCAUUCAGCCUUUCCACAAGCUAACUCAGUGGUUAGCAUACACGUUGAUGGUACCAUUUACCCGUCUCCUAUCGAUGUCAUGGACCAAAAGCGAACUGGGAACGGGUCUUCCCGAGUACCGUAAUGGGGGUCUAUUUGUGGAUAUGGAGCUGUUGACGUUGAAGCCCGAUGCCCAGAAGAAAGGACUAAAGGUUUCCAAAAGUGAGCUUCCGUGCUUUGGAGCGGGUGACGAUGAGAUUGUGGAAUGGCGCGCGAUGACGGUCGCGCUGCUCGAUGAAUUGCAUAAACGGGUUGAAAGUAGUAGUGACCGGUUUGGUGGUGUUCGGCUGAGUUUACCGCAAAUGUUGGAGGCUGGUUCAUGGAAGGCGGGACGAGAGCUUGCUGCGGAGAAGAGACCAGCGACGAAGUCCAGUCCCAUUCUCAAUUCUGGUGACGGAACUCUUUUCUGA